AUGUCUGGAGGCAUUAGGGACCAACCUGAGGAAAUUCCUCAGCCAACCCCUCGGCGAAUCUUCCAGGAGAGGCAGAGGAUCACGGGUCUGCCGUUGUACUUCCAAGGUUAUCUGUCUGUCCGGCACUCAAGAUGCCAGGAAUUUAGAGUGUAUUGGACAGAACUCAGAGGAACUAUGCUCUUCUUUUAUGACGAUAAGAAAGCCCCAACAUACUCACAGAAAUUAGAUAUAUCAGCUUUGACCUCAGCAACCAACGUUUGUCCAGAGGAAAAUGGCUCUGCACAGUUCAUCCUGAUGCUGCUGGAUGGGGAACUAGAACUGAAGGCUAAUGACUGUGAAUGUGGGAAAGAAUGGAAGGGUUUUAUUCUCACUGUAACAAAGAUGUCAGUUCCACCAGAUGAGUCGUUACUACCUGAACAACUUACGAGAAUGCAUGAAGUGCUGGAGAAGGAAAAGAAAAGAAGAACUAUGGUUAAAAACUGUUCCAGCACAUCCAUGACCAGAAGCAGCUCUCCCAGCAGUACACUGACCACCAUGCCAGUGUGCUUCUAUGCAGUAUCUCGGCAACAAGCGACAGAGAUGUUAGAAAAGAACCCUUCAUGUGGGAAUUUGAUCCUGCGUCCCGGCAGCGAAAGCAAAAACUACGCAAUCACUAUCCGACACAAGCUGGACUUCAAGCACUACAAAGUGGUAUCCAAAGGAACGAGUUACAUUAUCGAAUUGGAAAGACGGGUGACUCUCCCAAGCCUUCAGGAUGUUGUCAACUACUUUGUGACCCAAACCCAAGGGCACCUGGAGCCGUUUGUCAUACAGACAGGUGCUGCAGAGGACCCAGUGUUCAGAAAGCACGCUGGUUGCUGA